AGCAAAUGAGCUUUCACCUAUAAAAGCAGCGAGUAACGAAGGACAGCCGGAAUUUCCACUCACCCGGAAAUGCGACAACCAGUCAUUUUCGGGCCUUUCCUUCAUUUGUUGGCUCUUUUGUCAUUUCUUUCGUUAGCAUCAAGCGAUGUUAGAGACAGGAGCAAACAGCCCAACAUAGUGCUUGUCGUGGCCGACGACUAUGGAUACAACGACAUCAGCUACCACGGUUCUAGGAUUCGAACCCCUAACCUGGAGAGGCUCGCUAACCAUGGGGUGAAGUUAGAGAACUAUUAUGUCCAGCCCAUAUGUACCCCUUCACGCUGUCAACUGAUGUCAGGACGAUACCAGAUCCACACAGGUCUUCAACACUCGAUCAUCUGGCCAGGACAACCUAAUGGCCUUCCGUUAGACAGCCCCACCCUGGCCGACAAGCUGAGAGAAGCCGGGUACGCCACCCAUGCGGUGGGCAAGUGGCACCUGGGGAUGUACAAGAAAGAGUUCCUGCCCACAAACCGGGGCUUCGACUCUUUCUAUGGGCUCUACCUUGGUUCGGGGGAUCAUUACUCCCACCGUAGUUGUUUGGGUCCAGGUUGUGGCCUAGAUCUCCACAACAACACGGAGCCUGACUUCAGCAAAGACCAGGUGUACUCCACCUACCUCUUCACCCAGGUGGCCGAGGACAUUGUCAGAACCCACUCACCCUCCAAGCCGCUCUUCCUGUACCUGGCCUACCAGGCGAUACACAGCCCUCUGCAGGUCCCUGAGAAAUACACAGAGCAGUACCAGGACAUCCCCAACAAAGCAAGGAGAAAAUUCGCCGGCAUGGUCACCUGUAUGGACGAGGGAAUUGGUAACCUGACAACCACCCUGCAAGAAGCUGGACUGUGGGACAACACCGACUUCAUCUUCACUACAGACAACGGCGGUCAGGUGCACGCCGGCGGUAACAACUGGCCACUGAGAGGCUACAAACAUCACUUGUGGGAGGGAGGAGUGCGAGCAGUGGGCUUCGUCCAUAGCAACCUUCUUGCCCAAAAAGGAGUGAUUAGCAGGGGUUUAAUGCACGUGUCGGACUGGUUCCCAACCUUGGUGAAGCUGGCCGGUGGUUCGUUGAACGGCACUCAGCCGCUGGACGGCUUUGACCAGUGGCCGACCAUCAGCGAGGCCAAGGCCAGUCCCCGGACAGAACUCUUACACAACAUCGACAUCCUCACACCACCUUCUGGUACACGGCUGUACCCGAACCUCUUCGACACUCGAGUGCGAGCGGCCAUCCGGGUAGGUGACAUGAAACUGAUAACAGGAAACCCGGGUGACGGCUCCUGGGUGCCUCCACCCGAGAUGCCACAUUCUCCUCAUACCACAGGAAAUACCCGACUUAGCGGCAGCGCAACCCAGAACGUGUGGCUGUUCAACAUCACCGCCGACCCCGAGGAGCGGGUCGACCUGUCGCACACCCACCUCGACCUCGUGCAGCAGCUGCUCGAGCGUCUUGACUACUACAAUGCUACAGCUGUGCCACCACGGUACCCUCCUGAUGACCCCAACUCCAACCCUGAGAGACACGGGGGUGUCUGGGGUCCUUGGCAAUAAGAGUGUGAUAAACGCAAGAUGUCUGGUUAUCCUGAAUAGAUUCGUCGGAUUGAAGUUUGUUUUUGUACACCAAGGGGGCAUUUGAAAACCCUGGUAUAAUUAUUAUUAAAAAAUAAUUUAGCGUCUUUUAAUGAAAAAUAAAAUAUUUUGGAAUUUGUGAA